AUGGCGCGCCAGAAGCAAACGGCGCCCUCGCAACGGGCCACUUCUUCAGAACUGAUGCACUUGCUUCCCAAUGGAGCCGAAGCGCAACAGAAGCAACGGAACGGAGCCCCCCAAGAGCAUGUUGCCAAUGGCACGGUGUCUGAGAAGAACGCGCCUGAAGCGGCCCCGGAGGCCCCAGGGCUGACCCAGCUGGCCAUCUGCGUGCUGGGCAUUUACGCCUCAUUUCUUUCCUGGGGGGUCCUCCAAGAAGCCAUCACCACCGUCUCCUACCCUGUAUACCCUCCCACUGCGGCCGAACCGGAGCCUCCAACCGAGCGCUUCACCUUUUCGAUCGUGUUGAACACCAUUCAAUCCUGCUUCGCGGCCAUUACAGGCUUCCUCUACCUGUUCUUCUCGACUCCGGCCGGCAAGACGGUGCCGUCGAUCUUCCCGACAAGGAAGAUCCUCUUCCCCCUGCUCCUCGUCAGCAUUUCCUCCUCCCUCGCCUCGCCGUUCGGAUACGCCAGUCUGGCCCACAUCGACUACCUGACGUUCAUCCUGGCCAAGUCGUGCAAGCUGCUCCCUGUCAUGUUCCUGCACCUGACCAUCUUCCGCAAGCGAUACCCGCUGUACAAGUACGGGGUCGUUCUGCUGGUCACGCUGGGCGUCGCAACCUUCACCCUGCACCACCCGGGCACCAGCAAGAAGGUGGCUGCGUCCGCCGCGAAGAAUCAGUCCGGGUCGUCCGCGUGGGGCAUCUUCCUGCUGUCGAUCAACCUGCUCCUGGACGGCCUGACCAACACCACGCAGGACCAUGUGUUCAGCUCGCCGCAGGUCUACACGCGCUUCACCGGCCCGCAGAUGAUGGUCGCCCAGAACGUGCUCUCGACCGUCCUGACCUCGACCUACCUCCUCGUCAUGCCGCAUCUGUCCUCGACCGGCAUCCUGCACGCCCUCCUCCCCAUCCCCAUCCCGCCCUCUACGGAGACGGAGCUCAGCUCCGCCAUCUCCUUCCUGUCGCGCCACCCGGAGGCGCUGAAACACGUGCUGGGGUUCGCCGCCUGCGGCGCCGUCGGCCAGCUGUUCAUCUUCUACACGCUCUCGCGCUUCUCGUCGCUGCUGCUGGUGACCGUCACGGUCACGCGCAAGAUGCUCACGAUGCUCCUGAGCGUGUUCUGGUUCGGCCACUCGCUGUCGGCCGGGCAGUGGCUGGGCGUGGUGCUGGUGUUUGGCGGCAUCGGCGCAGAGGCCAUCGUGCAACGGCAGGAGAAGAAGGCCAAGGAGCGGGCCAAAGCCGCGAAACGAGAAUAA